AUGAUUGUUUUACCAGCCGGACAAGCAGAAACCUCUGCUAAAGCUCAAGUUACCGCUCCUAUCCGUCGUCCAAUUGAACCAGUUGGUCGUUUCUUCUUAUCCCAUGCCACCAGAACCUUAAGAGGUCACACUUGGUCAGAAUAUGAAAAAAUCGAAGCUGAAAAGAACGUUCAACAAAUCGAAACCAAUGAAGAUGAAGAUUUAGGUGAUGAAGAACAAAGUGAAGAUUUAUUAGCUCAUGAUCCAAGAGAUUGGAAGACUGCUGAUUUAUAUGCUGUCUUAGGUUUAUCCCACUUGAGAUGGAGAGCUACUGAAGAUCAAAUCAGAAGAGCUCAUCGUAAACAAGUCUUGAAACAUCACCCAGAUAAAAAAUCAGCUAGUGGUGGUUUAGAUCAAGAUGGAUUCUUCAAAAUCAUUCAAAAAGCUUUUGAAGUUAUGUUAGAUUCCACCAAAAGAUUACAAUUCGAUUCCGUUGAUGAAGGUGCUGAUGUCUUACCACCAACUCCAAAAUCUAAAUAUGAUUUCUUUGAAGCUUGGGCCCCAGUUUUCGAAAGUGAAUCUAGAUUUUCUAAGAAAAAGCCAGUUCCUUCAUUAGGUACUUUGGAAUCAUCAAAAGAUGAAGUUGACAAAUUUUACUCAUUCUGGGGUAAAUUUGAUUCUUGGAAAACUUUUGAAUUCAAAGAUGAAGAUGUUCCAGAUGACACUGCUAACAGAGAUCACAAACGUUAUAUUGAACGUAAGAAUGUUGCUGCUAGAAAGAAAUUGAAACAAGAAGAUAACAAGAGAGUUAUUGAUUUAGUCGAAAGAGCUUACUCUGAAGAUCCAAGAAUUAAGAUGUUCAAAGAAGCUGCUAAGAAAGAAAAAGAACAAAAGAAAUGGGAAAGAGAAGCUGGAUCAAGAAAAGCCGCUGAAGAAGCUGCUGCUAAAAAGGCUGCUGAAGAAGAAGCUGCUAAGAAAGCUGCUGAAGAAGCUGCUGCUUCAAAAGUUAAUAGUAAAAAAGCUAAAGAAGCCGCUAAAAAUGCUAAGAAGAAACAAAAGAGAGCUAUUAGAGGUUGUGGUAAAGAUUCUGAUUACUUCGGUGAUGCUGGUAAAUCUGCUGAUAUUGAUGCUGAUUUAGAUAUGAUUGUUGAUAAAUUAGAUGAUUUACAAUUAGCUUCAGUUGCUGGUAAAGUUGCUGAUAAAUCUGCCGCUAAAGCUGCCAUUGAAGAAGCUGUUAGUGAAUUAUCAGGUGCUAGCAAACUUGAUAAAUCAUUAUUGAAAUAUUUCAAUUAA